AUGGCAGACCCUACCACCUUCCCUAUCUCCGCCACCUUCUUUAUCCCUUCUGACAACUCUCUUUCUCCAACCACCACCACUGCUGACCCUUCUAUCUUUCCUUACCACAUUGUCCCUCAACGCCUCACUUUUGCUGAUCUCCGUCAAUUUAAGGCCUUCUCUCGCCUCCCAACUCUCCUUCUUGACAAGUCCAUACUCAUUAACAACAAUUCUGCAUCAAAUUUCACACUUGAUGGCUCUCGCCUUACACAUCCUGAUAUCUACACCAAUGCUGACAUUGCUGUUCAUGGCAUCGAUAACCUUCUUGAUUAUUCAGUUUAUGGUGCUGAACCUGGCAAGACAUUUUCAGAGCCAAACAUGGUUCCGCCGCCACCAACUCCUGCUUCCGGUCCUCCUACUCCUCCAAGAAUAUUUAUUCCAAGUACUGCAAAUGAUGAGGAGUUGACUGUUCAUCACCAUGGAGAGUCAGAUGCAGCUUGCUUGUGCACUGAGAAAAAGAAGGGUGAUAUGGUCCAAAAAAUGCAAACAUGUCAUGAGGACAUACUUGGAGCAGAAAACUCAGACAAUGGCUAG